AUCAAGAAAAACGUAAUGGUGACUCCCGCGAAAUCAACUUGGACAGGGAAUCAAUCCUUGUCUGAAUGGGAUCAGAUCGAAUGCACCACUUAUGCAAGUGUUAUCUACUUCUACGGCCCAGCCACAACCCAAUUCCAAGCCAUUACUCAAACCCUAAUCGACUCCUUGAGCCACGCUCUAGUGCACUUCUAUCCACUCGCUGGGCGUUUGCGCAGCUUCGACAAUGGCCGCUUUGAGCUCGAAUGUAACGCACACGGCGCUCUUUUCGUUGCUGCCAAGUUGAACGCUGAUCUCGCUCAUUUCAGAGAAGAUCACUUCACACCCACUCCCGACUUUGAUCGUUUUCUUCUUCCCCACAUAAACGAGUCUCUUCCAAUCAAUGAGCUCCCUCUUUGUCUGGUGCAACUCACCAAAUUCAGGUGCGGUGGCUUAAGCCUAGGUCUCACCACCUCACAUAUCGUUACUGACGGAACAAGCGCCGCCAACUUCAUGACUGAGUGGGCUCGACUCGCACGAGGCCUGCCGUUAGGAAAGGCGCCGCUUUUGGACAAAAAGGCCUUUAGAGUCGGAGAGGCGGGGAGAACGCCACGCUUUGAUCACUCCAAGGACUUCAGUAAUAUGCCGUUUUUGUUGAAACAACCUACUGUCGAAGAGCUCAAGAAGAUGAAAACCACAAUGGUCACGCUAAAGCUUGCAAACGAACAAGUCCAGAAGCUGAAGAAGAGGGCAAAUCAGGAUCGUCAGAUCAGUACUACCCUCGAAACAUCACGUCCUUAUACGCGGUAUGAGGUCUUAACGACUCAUAUUUGGAGGUGUUUAACUAAGGCGAGGAAGCACCAGAGGGAACAACCCACAGCGUGCGGCAUAACAAUCGACUCACGAAAGCGCCUUCAGCCGCCGUUACCAUUUUCGUACUUCGGUAAUGGAGUUUUCGACGUAAUGGCGAGCUGUACCUCUGGAGAUUUGUUGUCUACGUCGUUAGGUUUCGGAGCGAGUAAAGUACGCUCGGCAAUUGAGAUGGUGACAAACGACUAUAUUUUGUCAGCAAUUGACUUCCUAAAAAGUCAACAAGACCUGACCCAAUUCCAGUGCUCAUAUAAAUCGUCAACUAAUGGAGGAGGCAAAUACUUUGGGAAUCCUAAUGUUGGCGUCAUAAACUGGAUGAACUUACCGUUUGAGGGUAUUGAUUUCGGAUGGGGAAAGGAGAUCCAUUUUGGGCCUGCUUACCACGAAGUUGAUGGUGACGUGUGGAUACUUAGGAGUGGUGAUGAAGAUGAGUCCCUCUUGAUUGUCAUUUGCCUUCUUGUGGAACAUGUCGAAGCUUUCAAGAAGUACUUCUUUGAUGAUAUUUAAUUUCUCGUCACAGAUAUUACACUACUCCCAUUCUCUGGAAAACUUGGUUGGAGUUUUAAAUAAGUGACUAGCAGAUUCGUUUACCAAAAAAAUAUAUAUUAUAUAAUUAUGUUGUGCUUUGCUUUUGGUAUUGUUAUCGUUAUUUAUAGUCUUAAGCUCAUAGAACGUUAGUAAGUGAGUCUAUUGAAUGUUUCAGCUUCUGCACUCUGUAGUUCGGUAAGUCUUCAUUAUAUGUU